CCCUCGAGCACGCAGUUGAUCAUCGAUCCGUGAGCACCUUCAAAUUCGAUACCUGGAUAGCAAACACACACACACACAUUCCACAUGGGGAAGAUUUUCGUUAUUUUGCUAAUCUCUCUUGUUUUCUCGGCCAGAAGCAGUAUCGCCUCUGACGACGACGACGAAUGCUACUAUGUCGUCAAGAUCCAGACAGGAUGGCAGAAGAAAGCUGGCACCGACUCCCGCAUCACUUUUACAAUGGGGGACGGCGGACGGGAAAUCACAACCAACGACCUGGCCAAAUACUGCGGCACGGGCGGCAGGUUCCACAACUACUUCGAGAGGGGCAGCUUAGACGAGUUCCGUUGCCCGUCCCUGUGCUUGAGGCACGAGCCGUGCCUCCUCUACCUGGAGUCAGACAUGAGGGGCCUUGGAGCCGGAUGGUACGUCGAGUACGUAGAGGCGUACAUGUACCCGAACCGCGCGGCAACCGAGUACACGUACUACCACAAGUUCGUGGUGAAGGACUGGUUAGAUAGUUACCCUUACAAUCGCUGGGUUCUUGUCAACGACACAUGUACUGCCUGGUUGGAUAGUUACAAUUCUUCUUACAAUAAUCGCGGGACUCUGAUCAACGACACCCCUGUACUGCCUGCCGAUAACGCGGCAAUAAUGUAAUUAAUAAUGGCCUGCGAGGAAUUAAUGGUCCACCUAUAUACGGUAUGGAUAUGUAUAAACUACCCUCCCAUCGUCAGCCGGGGCCUGCGUGCGUACGUGCUCAUCAAAUAAUUCGGAGCUAUAGCCUGCACACA